ACCACUGGUCAACCGUCACCAGAGGCUGCUACCGGUGAGUGAUGCUGGCCGGAGGGAUUUCUCGCGCAUGCGCGGCUACGUAAGCGACAGAUGAGCCUCAGUAGCGUACGGAGUGGAGUCGAAAACAAGACGAGCACGGCAAAAUUCCACCAACUUUCUCGGCCGAGGACGUUCGAGCGCGCUGUGAGUACGAACGACGACGAAAGGGAAAUUCGAGAAGCGCCCAACGGUGACUCCCGCGUCGCGUUCGCACACGGCUCUGCCGUGCUAGUCACGUGGACAGCUUAUAGGGACGGCCGAGUGGUGGGAAAGUUCCUCCACCUGGCAUCAUUGGUACCGGUUCCCGUGGUCCGUUGUUCAUUCUCCGCUUUGAUUCACUCCGGUUCGGUGUUCUCCUGCGAGCAGUCUAACGUGAUACGAAGGUGGGUAUGA